AUGGGGAAGUUGUAUCCUACUCACUCGCCCGUGUCUUCUGCAGCCUUCGAUAUCACACUUCUAACAGUGCUUCUUAGAAAUAUCUGUGGUUUGUGCUCUCCUGCAAAUGGAUGGGAUCGCCUUCCCCUACCUACAAGCAUAAGCAUCGCAGAUGACAUUGCCAGAGUUAAGUAUUACAGGAACACUGUAUACGGCCAUGCUUCUCAAGCCUCUGUGGAUGACAGUAGUUUCAGUGCUUACUGGCAGGAAAUACGAGAAGCUUUGGUGAGACUGGGAGGAGCUCAUUUUAGAACUGAAAUCGACAAUCUUGAGCACGGCUGCAUGGAUCCAGAUAUCGAGGAGCAUUAUCGUGAACUGAUGAAACAAUGGAAGAAAGACGACGACAGCAUCAAAGACAAGCUUGAAGAAAUUGAGGGUAAGAAAAACAUUGUCCACUGCCAAUAUGGAUGAAUCAGAAGACUACAAAAGUAUAACUUUGCAGAAAAAGUCGAUUCUUCUUUCAUUUAACUAAAUUGAAUUAAAACAAAUUCUUGAACCUGGGCUAAUUCCUUGAGGGAAUUUUCGCGGCAACCUCUCAUGUUGGGGCUCCAUUUUCAUCUUAUUUCCAUAUUUUGUUUACAUCACGCACUUUACAAAAUUCAAAGGCGGAAGAAAGUCCAUGGGAAAAAAGAAAAAAAACAGGCCCCAAGAAGAAAGAAAGGGUACCAUUCUGUCAAGAAAAGAAAACAUUCCUUUGUGAAAGUUACUGGUGCUAGCGGAGCUCCACGCUUGCGUCCAGAUAUCGACCAAAGAAGUCGCCGUCAAACCAAAAUUUGCCAUACAUGAUGGUCAUUAUUGUUUCGUCCUCCUCAACGCUCCACUGAGCGAUCGAGGUAAAAAAAAAAGUGUCUGCAAUGGGUUACUUUUCCCGGGAAAUAUUUAUCCAUCGUCAAUGACGCUAGGAGGUCCCGUUGCUUUAUUGGUUUGCGGUUUCAAGAGGCAAGAUAAUCUCUUGGCGUGGCGCGAGUUGUUUGCGAACCGUUAGGAGCUAAAAUUUCCCAUUUGAUUUUGGGUAUAUAGAUUUGACAGAUUUUCGUCAAAUUUCUCCGAAACAUCCCAGGAAUAAUGGGAAUCGAAAGUAUGUUGAGAAAUUUUGAUAUUUGAAAUAUUUGUCCCGUGGCGUCCAUUUACGCAACAAGACUCGCAUAUUUUAGCUACUCCAACUUAAGAUGCCGUUAUCUACACAAUCAAUCAGAAUAUCGAAAAAGCCUGACACAUUUAUGUUGAUUGAUGCUUUGUGAAUUAGGCUGUGGAGCCAUUUUGCACGUGCUGCAUACAUAUACUUACAUAUACUUUAUUUACGCUCGAAAUUCAUAGUGUAGCUGUAGAGCUAAUAUCUUCGAGGAAAUAAGCUAAAAUAAAAUAAAAAUAUGCUUUAUUACAAUGUCAAUAUUAUAUAUAAACUGUGUACAACAUUAUGCAUGCAGAGGGAAUAUAACUUGUAGAUCUACUGUGGUAAAACUUCAUAUCUGAGGAUCCCCUGCUUGAAUUCUAGAAAAUUUAAUGUUUUGUAAGUGUCUGGGAGAGAGUUCUAUAUUUUACUAGCUAAGUAUGAAAAAGAGUGCAGACCGUAAGCAUCCGAUACCCGAUGAAUUUAAUUGAAGAACCUUCGGUCAUUUAAUGUCUUACCGGCUCCUGACAGUUCCUUAAAAGGAAGGUCGCUUAAAUUAUAUUUUUAUCCUAAACUGCAUUUAUCAAGCUUUCUUCUGAUAUAUAGUUUGCUAAGAUUUUUAGUGAAAUUAGUGCGCGUACGAAUUUUUUCCCGAAGGACACCCGCAAAGGAGGGAAAUAACCUUAACACGGCGGUGUAGGCCUGCUCAUGACGUUUACUAAACGUAAAUCUUGAUGUAAAUGUGCUUAUGACAUUGCGCUUAUCUUUCUUACAUUUUCAGAUUUGCUAGGUGACCUCGGAAACAAAACUGAGAAGAUAGAGAUUGAAAUGAAGGAGAUGAGAGAGACGCUUAGUAGCCUGACGACAACAGUGGAAAAAAGCACAAAUGAAGGUUGGUUGCAAAAAAAGAGCUACUCACGGAUAAACUGAACUAACGACGGUGAUUCCGUUAACUUGAGUACAUAACACAUCUUCAAAGCAUGACCACAUUAUUAAUUGGUUUUGGCCAUGUUAGCAUUUUUUGGUAAUGUAUACUGUUUUAAGAGCACACCCUGGCUAUCAACCUGCUCUGGCUACAAAUGAAAAUACUAGGUAAUGUGUGGGAUGAAUGGAUACCAUGGAAUCUCAGGCUACCUCUCGGUAUUGGAUAGUUUUCUGACAGCACUCAUAAGCAUUUGACCGACAAGUGUGAAUGUCUUAUUUUUAGUUUUUUGUUAAGGAUAGAAUGAAUCUAACUUCCUAGACCAUUAGAUGUGACCUGCAUAUUGUUGAAUGAACUACUAUAUUCCUUCCUCCACUCAUAAUUUAUUGUAGAGUAUUUCAUUCUACAUGGAAAAGUCCCUGAAUGAGGGUUGUCCUAGUAAAAAGGGACAGGAUAAGGUGUAUGUGGUUAUUUUACAUUUUCCCAGUAUAAAACUGUGAACGAAACCUCAUACUUCAUUGCAGGUGGACCUCUGGUUUUCUCCAGCCUUUUUGUUAUUUUUACUCAUGAUUAAACGACUUGAAAAGAAAGGACGGAAAGGCGACUUUGCUAUUCUUUAAUUAGUUCUUACUGUGUCGCUUUUUACCGACAAAAAAUCUUACGCAGGCUAUCGGCUCCAAUAAUAUCAAUAUUUAUCUCCUGAGUAAAAACUUUACGACAAAGUUUCACUAUCAGACACCGUUUAAGCCGAACCAUAAGUUUUUUUAGAAUGUUGUCUAAAAUUAACCCUUAACACCCUAAAAUUAAAAUGCAAUCUCCAUACUCUCCUCUUUACAUUUCCUAAGGUGCUGAUAAGGAGAAUUAGUUUCACAAUGAAGAGUUUUUGGUUGGUGAUCACUUCCUUGAUUCUCAUGACCUUAAUGUGUGAUUCAGGGGUGAUGCUGUGAGGAGACAUUAGAUGCUAAUCACCCUUAGGGGUCAAAGGCUUACAACAAACAAUAGACGAAAGGGAAAGGAUCUAUUUAGUUAUCUUUUCUUUCAUUGAAUAAAGUGGUUCUCACUCAGAAUAAAAUUUCUAUUGUUAUUCCAUCGUCAGAUACCACAAAAGAGUCUCUAGAUAAAAUAAUAGGCGAAAUGACAAAGAUUGACAGUGAACUGAAAGAAGUAAAGGAAAAGAUGUGUACUUCUACAGCUUUCGUGGGAGAAAGCAAGGAUGACGGUUAGUUGAAUUUUGUAAUAAAAGUUAUCCUGCUUAACCGGGUAUGUAGCCGUAGUCAACAUGUCCUAAAUGUGUGAGAGAAAUCAUCCUAUCUUGAGGGAUUCAGUUUUUCAAUUUUAACAGUUUCUGGUAUGCUUUCAUUCCCUUCAAUGCUUUAACUGUGGAGUACAGUUCACCUCUGGUCCUCACAAUUUUAUUACAAUUGCCGUUCUAAAAUUGCUUUUACACUGAUAUUUGGGGUGGCGUAUGGAAGCCACUGUUUAGUGAAUACCUGCCAACUAAGAGGUGGCGAAUUUUCCUUCGCAAGACAUGGAGUAAAAUUUUCCUUCAAAAUUUUACCCGUAAUAAGUGUCUAAACAUUUUACUUGAUGAUCCGUUUUCGUCUGUUUUCAGCUAUCACUAAAAACGAUGCCAUCUUUGUAAUCUAUGACAUUUUCCUUUAUCAUACAGGAAUAAUCAAAGAUUCAGUGAGAGAGGCACUUAUAAGAAUGGAGAACGAAAUAAUAGAGAAAAAGGAAAAGCUGGUUUCCUUUGAAGGCUUCAGCAGAAGAAUGCAGAGAUCAAGGUCAGUCGUGCGAAAGACAGCAGUUUUAACUGCAACAUUGGUAUUAAGUUCAGCUCGAUGUUAGAAACUAUCAGAGUAGGUUUGACUGAAUUCAUAAUCUAAAUGGCUUUUAACCAAUAAACAUGAAUCAUACACUGAUACCUUUUUGCAUCGUCUAAGAAAUUUCUUUGGCAAUGGUGUUGUAAUCAUUCACUUAUUUAAAUUCAGUGCUGAAUACCAGAGGGACAACACAAUUUUCACCACCUCAUUCAUUAGAUUUCUUACUCAUUUUGCUACUGUUAGGUAUUUUUGAUCCAACUGAGCUUAUUAAUGGAAUUCGCCAGCUGUACAAGACUCGUGAGGGAUGGCUCUCACCAUUUCCAUGGUGUGAAGAGUUUCAGUUUUUUCUUGGCAAUAUUUUUACAAGGCUCAAAGUGGUCAGAAGAAAGAAAACGAGAGGAGAAAUCACUGACGUAUUUGUUGACAUGUCGUGUAUACUAGACCCGUAUGAAGAGUGUUCAGCGCCGAGAACAGUGUUGAUUGAAGGAGAACCUGGUAUGGGAAAAACCACCUACUGUAAAAAGUACGCCUACGACUGGGCCACAAAACAGCAAGAGCCUCAGGGCUGCAGCGCAACAGCAUUCAAAGCAGUAUUGUUGCUGAAAUGUCGAGACAUCUAUUCUGAUGUUUGGGAAGCCAUUGAUGAUCAACUUCUUCCCCGAGACAUCGAUGAAGAAGUCAAACAACUAUUCUUUCACUUUAUUCGUGAAAAUCAGUCCAGCAUUUUAUUGAUAUUGGAUGGAUUGGAUGAGUUACCAUCCGGCAAAUUGUCGAUGUUUUCCGAAUUAAUUGAGGGAAGAGUACUCCCCAGAUGCCACAUAGUUGCAACAGCAAGACACGAAACUGGAAAAGAGGUGAGAAAAUGCUGCGACACGCUGCUUGAGAUCGAAGGGUUCACUGAAAACCAUGUGAAAGGAUUUAUCACCAAGUACUUUAAAGAAAGGCCGGAUUUAGCCGCCAAGCUCUCGGAACGAAUGUCCCGAGAUAAAACCUGA